AUGUUGUGCACUGGCGCGAGGCGGUCGUGCUGUGCGCUGUGUGGCGCGGGGGCAGACGUGCACUGCCAUGCCGACGCAGCGUUCUUCUGCGCAUCGUGCCACGCCCAGGCAAACUGCACCAGCUCCCUCGCGUCCCGCCACCGCCUCAUGCAGGUCCCACCGCCCAACCACGUCCACGUGGAGGUUUCGGCCAGGGCGAUGGACGUGGACCCCUGGGUAGCGCGCCUACGUGCUGCCGCAGCCGGCCGCACGCGUAUCCCGCCGCCCAGCGACGUACGCGCGGAGGUUACGGCCAGGGCGAUGGGCCCCGACACCUGGGCUGCGCACCUACGUGCCGCCGCAGCCGGCCGCACGGGUGUCCUGCCGCCCAGCAACGUCCGCGGCCGCUGCGGGGCCGUGCUGCAGCUUUUGGCUAGGCGGAUAGGCCUGGACGCGGGGGAUGCGCGCCUGCGUGCCGCCGCAGCCUUCCGCACGCUCCGGGUCGAGUUCGCCGCCGCGCCGCGCAUGCCACUGCGCGUCGCGAUGGCUGCCGCGCUGUGGAGGGAGGUGGCGGGUCACGGCGUCGUCCACGAGCUCAGCUACGCGCUCCAGCGGCUGGCAGCUUGGGCACACGUGCCGGCGAGUUUCGUUGUGGCGGUGGCGGCGGCCAUCGGGCGCGCUCGCCAAGUAAGGACGGCUGCAGAGGACGCUGAGGAGGACUCGGUCGACUGCACGAUCGUGAGCCCGCGCAGGAUACCACAGGAGCUUUGCUUAUUUGUUUAG